AUGACAUCUCGCGUUCCCACAUCACCAGAGCCAGAAGAAGUGGAGCUAGACACAGAAAUCGCCUCAAUCCGCGCAGAAAUCCAAACCCUCCGAAAACGCAAGCGCAUCCUCACAUCCAGCCUCAUAACAACCGACACAGUUCAAAACCUCCUCAAGAAACCUCAACCCCCAACCACCAAAACAACCCCAACAGACCCCCUCACCACAAUCUCCCCGCUCGUCCACGCCGCCGGCGCCCACACCUCCUCAAACCACCACCGCAUCGCCUUCGGCGCAACCGCCUUCCCAUUCAAAGACCCAUCCGCAACAGCCAGCGCGAAACCCCUCCUCGGCGUGCGUAUCGACGUAUGCACGCGCAAUGGCCGCUUCGCGAAACCAUACUACAUCCUCCUCAAACAGGAGCGGGGUCGCGCAGGGCCCGAGUCGGGUCCCAAGAUGUUGAAAGUGCAUCGGCAUACAGUGCCGGGGUUUAUAUCGAUGUCGAAGCUAGAGGGUGUGUAUCUACCGCGGCCUGGUGUGAUGCGCGACAAUGGAGAUGCGGAUGGAGGUUCAUCUGGCGGGGAUGAGGAUGAGGACGCUGAACCUGUGAAGCUGGGGAAGAAGAGCGGCCGGAGGCAGGAUCUUCGCGGGUUUGUGCGCGAGCUUCGGAGGGAGCUUGUUGCGUGGCAUAUGCGUGUUGAUGCUGUUGAGUUCCUGCGCCAGAAAUUGGGCCUUGUUGGUGAAGACGGCGGGUCCUUGCCGUUUGAUGUUUCGCCGGAUCGCGAUACGGGCAUUGUGUCUUUGGCUGCUGUUGCAGUUGAGGCGCGGUAUGUGCGUGUUGAGUGGGUUGAUGGGCGGGUUGGGCGGUUCAAGUUGUCUAAUGCUGGAGUCGUGGAGCGGGCGGUUGUUAUUGGUGAUGAGGGUCGGGAUAAGAAGGUCGAGGAUGCGAUGACUGGUGGUGGUGGGCGGGUUGAGACGGUUUUGGAUAGGUUGAGGGUUGAUGUGUUGUCUGGAGCACCGGCGCUAUGA